CAGAGCCAAAGUUAAAAAUACUUCAGCGUGUAGAGCACAUUAUGGAAGCUGGGCUAUUGUGUAGCUAGUAGAGAUUACCGCAUCCGUUUCAUAUUUUCUUUUUUACUUUUACUCAUUCUGAGUUGAUUGUUUUUCAAUUUAAAAGUUAAAAUGAUUUAGGCAAAUUUAUAUUUUGAUUAUUAUUGACGGAUAAUCACUAGAUCUAGAUGUGCUGAAUUAUUUGUUGAGUUUAAAGAGAAUUAUAAAAUAAAAUAGUUUGCUAGAACAAGUCGAAUCACAAAUGGAUGCUGCUUUUCGGACUACGAUAUUUGAUAUUGCACAAGAUGCUUCUCAUGUGUCGACUGCUCAUAACGAGAGCGAAGGCUAUUUUAACCGAGUGAGCGUAACCAUCGACAAAGUGCCUGAUAAACUACUUCUGCAUGUUUUUACCUUCCUGCGUCACUCAGAGUUGGGGAAGGUUGCCAGAGUGUGUAGGAAAUGGAGGCUUCUUGCCUACGACAGCCGCUUGUGGACAAAAGUCUCUCUGCGACCGGAAUUCUCUGGUCUGCAUGUGUACUCUCCUGAAGUUUUGCAAGCACUGAUAGGGAUCCGCUUUGGCUCAACCUUGCGCUAUAUUGAGAUACCGAGCGAUCUCAUCACAGCUCCUGUGCUCCAUGAACUGGCUAACAAAUGCCCAGCGCUAAGGUAUAUGACUUUGGACUUUUCAAAUGCCAUGCAACUCCAUGACUUCAAUGACCUGAAUGCUUUUCCUUGUAAUCUUCGAAGCUUAUGUAUUUGUCUUUCGGAAGUGAUCUUUCUUGAAGGGUUCAUGCGCAGAAUCUAUAGCUGUUUGUCUUCUUUGGAAGUGCUGCAUUUAAUUGGAACAUUUGAGUUAUCUUCAGAAUCAGAAGAAGAUAUAUACGAGGUCAUCAACAUUAGCAAGAUUAAGGCACACACACCUAACCUGAAGGUGGUUAACCUCUAUGGAAUCACUUUUCUUGAUGACAGCCAUAUUGAGUUGUUGGCCUCUAACUGCAUUCACAUUGAGUGUCUGGCCUUGAACUUUUGUCUAAGAGUCAAGGGCAGUUCAUUUAAAAAUCUAAUUCAGAGAUGUAAAAAGCUGAAGUCUUUACUGCUACAUCAUGCUGGUGUUGAAGAUGACCACAUGAUGAGUGUCCCCUGGGAAACCUCUGCCAUCCAUGAGCUGGACCUGACCUCCACAGAGCUGUCAGCCCAAUGUCUAGAGAACAUCCUGCUCCGCAUGCCAGGAUUUACUUACUUGGCCUUGGGAUAUUGCGAGUUUUUUAAUGACAAGAUUUUAGAGAAGUUGAUGGAGCUGGGCAAGUUCAACCGUCUCCAGGCUCUGGACAUCAGCCACACCCACGCCCUGAGCGAGAACGCCAUCUACCAGUUUAUCCAGACCCACGGACAAAACCUGCGGGGGUUGAUGCUGGCUGGCAAGCCAAAGCUGACUGAAAACUUCUGGCUCAAUGCUAUUCCCUACCUCAAAAAUAUCAAGAUCUGUGUGCUGGGUACUGCAAAUGGCUGGUUCCUGAAAAUUGCCUCUCGUGUGCACGUUGAUCAGAUUGUGGAAGCUUUUGCUCAGCACUGCCCAAGGCUUGUACGCUGUGAGAUCCAGUGGGACCCAGACACCAUCAGGUUCAGUGACAAGAGCAACAAGUUCAUAGACCACAUCAGGCUGCGUUGUCCUGGCCUCAAAUCUUUUGCCCUGAGUGACGGGGAGUAUUACGAGAUGGUCAAGUCCAACUUUGAGAGAGCUGACCGUGUCAAAGUUGUGCGGACAUGCACUAACUACACCACAAGUAUUGUUGGCCUGCUGACCAACUACAAUGAUCUGUUGUUUAACUGAUGUCCUCUUGUCCGCUGAUGCUUGUUCUAACAGUUUCGUCUUGUCCACUCAGACCUGAGAUAUGAUAUGAAAUCAAAAUCUACAUGAAUUUUUGUUCAUUUUAAAUUUUUAACAAACAUUUCUUUGGAUAUUUUCCAUCGGAUGAAACAUCUGACACUCAUAAAUUUGAGUUUUUUUAAUCUAACAUAUAUCUAUCUUUAAAAUGGCAUUGUGAAAAUGAUCUGAAGAAAAAAAAUAUUUUUUGUCCUAU